AUGACACUUCUCACUUCGGUAGCUGCAUUCGCCGCGAUCUUCAUUCUAUUGUCUGUCUAUCAUGAACGGCCACAACCCCACAUGACACAUCGUAUCAAUGUCAACACUAUUAUCGCCAUUUUAUCCACAAUUGUCAAAGCUACGCUGGUAUAUGUGGUUGCAGAAGUUAUCGGUCAAUCCAAAUGGUCAUGGAUGGAAACACCCCAACGGUUGCGUCAUGUUGAGUAUUUUCACGACGCUGGCAAGGGAGCAGGGGGAUCUCUCAAAUUCUUGUUCGCGAUUUGGAAGCCAAUAACGACUGCCCUGGGUGCACUGGUCAUUGUUGCAUCCUUCGCAAUUGCCCCGUUCUCGCAACAAGCUGCAACGACCUAUCCAUGCGAAAUCGACAUUGAAGGAAACGCAUCAAUCGCCGUUGCGCAGUGGGUCGGUACAGGGGCUGACGGAAGCAUGCCAAUGAUCAGCUCGGAGACACAUGUUGCUGCUGUCACCGGUCUGAUCUACGGUCCGGCCAUCUCCAUGGCCGCGCCCAACGUGUUCGAAUGCAACUCGGGAAACUGCACCUUCAACUCAAUCGGAGGGAUAACACAUUCCUCGGUUGGUAUUUGUAGCAGCUGCGAACGAAUUGAGGUUCGCCAAGAGACUACGGAUUCUCGCAUAGUGUACUCUUUGAGUAUGGACGCGAAUUCUCCGUUGUCGAAACUGAACAUCACUUGGCCCUUGAAUGAGACCUCAAACGUUUUUGUUAUGGACUCCAAUGGGCUAGCCAUUUCGACGAAUCCCGACAAUGAUGGCUUUGACUUGGAGACGCGCUUCCUUACAUUCAAGAAUGUCGACUGUAACGGAAUCACAUCUUCCGACGAGAUUUCGGCACGACACUGUGGUCAGACUCCGUGGUUUACCCCGGGCGAUGAUACACAGGGUUUUGAAGCUUUAGGGGUCAAAUGCAAACUCUACCCGUGUUUUCGAAACUAUAACGGUAGUGUUCUUAACGGGAAAUUGCAAGAGACACAGAUUAGGGCGGUGAAAAUGAAAGUUGGGCGUGUAGGAAAAAGCGACCAAAAGGAUACUGUGGAGGUUUACCAAGCUCUGCUGGAGCCUUGCAUGGUAGACGACAAAAAGUACUAUGCCUCUAACAUCAGCGAAGCAAAUGUUGGGGACAACUGGAUUUCUUUGACGCGAGAAGACGAUCAAAUCAAACUCCCACCUAACUGCUUAAGAGGUAUGCAUUCCUCGGCAUUUUUAAGCAUAACUCGAGGCCUCAGGCCCACCCUCAGCGGCGCAUGCUUCCUUCGGAAGUCUGGUUCGGCCGGCACCCAAGGUAUGAUGUCUGGCCAUGAACAAGAGCCACCACCAGCAAAGGCAAAAGAGUUCGACACAUUUUGUGGAGAGAAAUGGUGGUUUGGGCCAUUAUUCAAUCAAGGAAAUGUGACAAACCAAACCAUAUCCGAAGCCCACGAUGGCAUGGCCCAAGCUAUCACGAACCGCAUCAGGGCCAAUAAGUUGGACCCGGAGGGCGCUCACGCUGCCGUUCGAGGGACACAGAAGAAGAUGACCAUUUGCAUCCGUGCAGAAUGGCCGUGGUUAGCGUACCCAGGUAUACUCUUGAUGGUGUCUGCCUGCCUGCUCUUGGAAACGGUUGUAAAGAGUUGUGGCGAUGGGGAUAAUCGGCCGAUGUGGAAGUCGUCAAUUCUUCCGCUGUUGUUUUAUGAUGUCAACGUGGCUCACACACUCACAGCAUCGGGAAAGCAGAAACACAGCCGCAGUAAAAUGCCUUUAAUGCAACUUGACGACUUGAAGUCGUUAGCCGACACAACAGUGGCACGAUUCAGUGAAGAUAGAGAGAGGCCUGGGUUUGUGGUUGUGAAGGAGAAGGAGACUGCAGAUAUAGAAUUGAGCCAGCCGACGUAG